CUACCAUGAGGACUAGAAAUGUACUUUAGAAAAAAAAAGCUGAAUUUUCACCUCAUCACUUGUCUCCAGCAGCUGGAACUGCUCAAAUAUCCCGAGACUCGCAAUAAAAUCAUAAUCAUUCCUUGACCUAAAGACACUGUUGUAUAGUAUAGCUAGAGAUGAAGGCUGCUGUGCUCUACUCCAUUUCAGUGGUUAGGUGUAUGAUCCCUCUAUACACAGUUUGUAUGAGCGACAGCAACUAUAAAAUUACAAGCUAUGGUUAUUCUAGUGUGAACUGCUGUGGGCUCUUCUAUUAUGGACAUUGUGGUAAAUCCUUUCAGCUGUUCUGCCUGGCUCAGGAUCACCUUAAGCAAACAGGCUGGUGCUUUGCUUGGUGCCCUAGAUCUCCCUUCUCCAGCCUAGUCCAGGUCACUAGUGCAGCGAGUCCCAGGGGGAUGCAGGAGAUAGUGACCGCCCCGUGCCAGGCUCCCUGCAGCUAGACUGUCACUUAGUCGUCGGGGUGUGUAAAGGGAAAAGCAGGGAAGCAGCCACAGCAACCUCACUCGUUCUUAUCUACAUCGCACAAGUCUCCACUGUCUGCCACAGGGCAGGGGCAGGGGAAUGAGCCUGGGGUUACGGUUCAGAGUCGCAGCUGUUAGAAAUGUGUUUCCUGCUGCGAGUCUUCAGGGAUUCACGGCCUGGAGGAAUCUCUGGAUAUGCAGUCAGAGAAAUCAUCCCAGGAGGUCCGUUGGUUCCAUGGGGGGCAGAAAUCUUCCCUUAGCUUCCUUGGGAUCUGGCUUCAUCCUCACAAGUGGAACUUCCCUGCAGAGGGGGCCUCUGGAAUGCCAUGGAGAGAUGGCAAUUUGCUGUGGAGGGAGAAGGAUCCAAGGGGCUAGACCGGUCUCCUUAUCCACUGCUGCCAUGGGCAUCUUUGGGAUCGGCAGAGGAGGAGAUGGCAGUGGGAACCAGAAGCUCACCCUGCAGGACGUGGCAGAAUUAAUUCAGAAGAAGGAGUGUCACCGGAUGGUGGUGAUGGCUGGGGCUGGGAUCAGUACACCCAGCGGCAUCCCAGAUUUUAGGUCUCCUGGGAGUGGCCUGUACAGUAACCUUCAGCAGUACAACAUUCCCUAUCCAGAAGCCAUCUUUGAAAUUGCCUACUUCUUCCACAAUCCUAAGCCCUUUUUCACUUUGGCCAAGGAGUUGUACCCUGGCAAUUACAGGCCCAACUAUUCCCAUUACUUCUUGCGACUCCUCCAUGACAAGGGGCUCCUUCUGCGUCUGUACACUCAGAACAUUGAUGGGCUAGAAAGAGUUGCUGGGAUCCCUCCUGAUAAGUUGGUAGAAGCUCAUGGCACCUUCGCCACUGCAACAUGUACCACCUGUCGGAGAUCCUACCCGGGUGAGGACUUUAGGGGGGAUGUGAUGGCAGACAAAAUCCCCCAUUGCCCAGUCUGCACUGGACUCAUCAAACCUGACAUUGUGUUUUUUGGAGAGGAGCUCCCACACCGGUUCUUCCUGCACAUGACAGAUUUCCCCAUGGCAGAUGUGCUCUUUAUCAUUGGAACCUCCCUCGAGGUGCAGCCCUUUGCCAGUCUGGCAGAUGCAGUCCGCAGCUCUAUUCCUCGUGUGCUGAUCAAUCGAGACUUGGUGGGACCAUUUGCUUACCAGCCACAGUACAAUGAUGUGGCCCUGCUUGGAGAUGUGAUCAGUGGGGUGGAGAAGUUUGUGGAGCUGAUGGGCUGGAAGGAGGAGAUGCAGGAGCUAAUCCAGAGAGAAACCAAAAAGCUGGAUGCAAAAGACAACUAGGACAGCUGCCCUCCUGCUGCUGGGAAAUGAUGUUCACCUUGAAAAGCGGUAGGUGUCAUCCCCAGCGAGCUGUGAAGAGGUUACAGAAGAGAGCUGGGGAAAAUGCUCUCCAGCUUUGCAGUGGCUACUGACGACCCCUUUGGCUGUAUCCGAGUGCCCUGCCGCAGUACAGAAAAGAUCAUCACACAAGACUCGUAGGAAGUGAAGACCGAAUGGCAGAUGUGGACUGGCUAUUGAAGGAGACUUUCCCAAUCUGACACCUCAGACUGGCACAUGUGCCCACUGAAUGCUGUGACCUCAACAUUUUCCUGUCUUCCAUUCAACCAGAUCACACAUUUGGAGAGACUUUGCCUCUCCUUUUGUGUCACAUAGAUCCUUUAACAGCUGUAUUAACUAUCAUCCAACUUUGCGAUGUUCACUAUUAGACUGGGCCAGAGUCUCAUUUCCCUCCCACCAGGCAUUCUGGACUCCCACCAGAAAUUCAGGAUCAAAUUUUCAUAAGUGCCUUGUAAGUCAGGUUGG